AUGACACAGAAGUUGCUGACAACUUUGUUGUUGUGCUUCUUGUUGUUGUCGGCUGAUGGCGGAAUGCCAAACCUCAACCUACCCAACAUGAACCCGUUGGCUUACUUCUGCGGCCCUUGUAAGUCAUUGUUGGAGAAGUUUAGAUGCAGAUUACCGACAGCCGAUGAGGUGGCUGACAAGUCUUUGUCUUUACUUAUACAAGUAAGUUUUUUUGAGUUGGUUAGAGCUUUGUUUAACGGUAGUUUGUCUACAUUAUUUUAGGUAUAAAACAAUUUAAAUUUCAUUUUUUAAAUCCAUCUUUAUUUUAAAAUAGAGGUUAUCUGUGCUACUGUUUAUCUAUUUUGUUGAUUCCAGCAACAAUGUGCCAUGUAUACCGCUGGAAUACCAUUUGCGGUGCAAAUGUGUGUUAAAGCAGGUAAGAUGGCCAUAGACAAGAUUUUGGACAAAAUCAAAGAAAAUGUGAAUACAGGACGUCGAUUGCAUCCAGAAGAAGAUUGUACGAUGAUGAAGUUUUGUUCAGCUGAGUGA